CGCUCCAUUAGAGCCCUCUGAAGCUGCCCGUUAUUUUGGGAGGAAGCUCCGCCCACCGACUGGAGAGAGAGAGAGAGAGAGAGAGAGGCGCUUUACUUUCACAAGCGGGCUGCUGCAGUCGGACGAAGCUGACGGAAAAAGUGUCGAAGUCGGAAAAACCGAGUGAAGUUAUUUAGCUGCCAAAAUAGUAAACAACAUGGCGAGUGCUGGCCGCAGGAGGACGCAGGCAGGCAGGCAGGCAGCGCGGUGCGACUGUCACCUCACUAACUCGGGCUGAAGAAGUGUGAAACUGCCUUGAUUUUCUUCAUCAGGUUUUUUUUUCAGUUUCUGAUCAUCACUAUGGCAGUUGAUAAGCCUUCCAGGACAGAAGGGAGGGGGAAAACCCCCCGUGGACUUCUUCAGAAACAGUAGUGAGAGAAGAUGAAGAGUUUCGACCGCACUGGGUCUCAUUCUACCAGCUGGGGAACUGGAACUACACCAUUAUGUCAACCGUCCCAGAAGGAGAAGGGAAGUGUGGCUGGCUGGAGUUGAGAGACACUCUGUGAUUGUCUUCAGGAUGUCCGGACGGGUGACAGUGCAGUCUAAACUCAACCCACCUUCAGUUUCUGUUUCCUCUUAAAUGAUCACUUGUGUUGAUUUUACCAUGGCGUUGAGGUCUAGAAAAGCCUGGACGAAUGGAUUGGUCGGGCUUUUGCUCGGGUUCACGGCAGCAUCCUGGCUCCUGGUGCCCCGGGUCACUGAGCUCAAAAAGACCUCCAUGUGCUCGCCCUAUGCGAGUCUGAGGAGAGUUUCCGAAAUGCUGAGAACCCCUGUAACUCACGGCGGCUGGUCUGAGAACCAGCGCAAUCCACCGUCCGACAGAGAAAGAAGCUAUGAAGACGAGGAUGAGGAGCGAAGUAUGGACAAGCCGAGCCAUGGUGGACCCGUUCCCCGUCCUAAACACUUCCUCUACGUUGGGGUCAUGACUGCUAAAAAGUAUCUCGACUCAAGAGCAGUGGCCGCGUAUAAAACAUGGGUGCCGGACAUCCCAGGAAAGGUCGAGUUCUUCUCGAGCCAUGGUUCUGACUCUGUGCCACUUCCUUUCCCGCUGCCCAUGGUCUCGUUGCCGGGUGUUGAUGAUUCGUAUCCGCCACAGAAGAAGUCCUUCAUGAUGUUGAAGUACAUGCACGAUCACUACCUGGAUAAAUACGAGUGGUUCAUGAGGGCAGAUGAUGACGUCUACAUCCGAGGUGAAAAGCUGGAGCUCUUCCUGCGCUCACUCAACAGCAGUAAGCCUCUGUAUCUGGGUCAGACAGGUCUAGGCACCACAGAAGAACUGGGCAAGUUGGCACUGGAACCUGGAGAGAAUUUUUGCAUGGGUGGCCCGGGUAUGAUCUUCAGCCGCGAGGUGCUGCGCAUGAUGGUGCCCCAUAUCGGCACCUGUCUGAGGGAGAUGUACACGACGCAUGAGGAUGUGGAGGUGGGCCGCUGCGUCCGGCGAUUUGGGGGAACCCAGUGUGUCUGGUCAUAUGAGAUGCAGGAGCUGUUCUACGAAAACUAUGAGCACAAGAAAGGCUUCAUUGAGGAACUGCAUAGCAGCAAGAUUCACAACGCCAUCACUCUGCACCCCAAUAAGCGUCCGGCUUACCAGUACCGGCUGCACAACUACAUGCUCAGCCAGCAGAUCUCGCAGCUGCGCUACCACACCAUCCAGCUGCAUCGUGAGACCAUGAGCAUGAGCCACCUCAGUAACACAGAGGUGCAGUGGGAGGACCAGCAGCUAGGUGCGCCCCCUUCCUACUCCCGCUACCAGCCACUCGAACGAGCAGACGUCAUCGAAUGGGAUUUCCUUAACGGGAGGUACCUGUACUCUACUAGCGAAAAAAACAUGCCUCGACAGGGUCUCGGGAACGUGCUGCGUUCAGCCUUAGAGGACACGGUGCUCCAGGUGAUGGAGAUGAUCAACGAGAACUCCAAAGUCCGAGGCCGUGUCAUUGACUUCAAAAAGAUCCAGUAUGGUUAUAGGAGGGUGAAUCCGCUACAUGGCGCCGAGUACAUCCUGGAUCUUUUGCUGCUCUAUAAGAGGCACAAAGGACGAAAAGUGACAGUGCCUGUCAGGAGACAUGUCUACCUGCAGCAGUCCUUUAGUCGGCCUUAUUUUAACGAACCCGAGCAGCUCGAUGUCGCUGAACUAGCGGAGGCAAUCAAUAGUGACUUUCAGUCUUUUUCGCUUCUCUCUAAUUCGCUCAAGAUCUUUUACCCUUUUCAGUUUUCAGACUCUAACAGGGAAAUGCGCGAGCAAGGUCAGAAGAAGUUGCAUAUCCUCGUACCGCUUACAGGCCGCUACGAUACAUUUGUGCGCUUCAUGGACAACUUUGAGAAGGUCUGCCUUAUUUCUAGCCAGAAUGUAAAACUGAUCAUCGUCCUGGUGGAUGAUGAUAGCAACCAAGACAAGGAGAAGCAUUUGGACUUAAUUAAGGAGUACCAUAAUAAAUAUCCCAAAGCAGAUCUGUCUGUAAUACCAAUGACAGGAGAGUUUUCUCGAGGUCUUGCCUUAGAAAUGGGUGCCUCUGGCCUUAAUAAUAACUCCCUACUUUUUUUCUGUGACGUGGAUCUGGUGUUCAGUAGUGACGCACUCCAGCGCUGUCGAGACAACACCAUUGAAGGGAGACAGGCCUAUUUUCCGGUCGUAUUCAGCCAGUACAAUCCCAAAAUCGUCUUCGCUGGGAGCCAUAGUGAAGACAGCAACUUUGUCUUCACCAAAAAAACCGGCUUCUGGCGAGAUUACGGCUUCGGCAUCACCUGCGUAUUCAAAAGUGACUUGCUAAAAGCUGGAGGUUUCGACACUUCAAUACAAGGCUGGGGGCUGGAGGAUGUCGACUUGUUCACGAAGAUCAUUAACUCCGAUUUAAAAGUGUUCCGUUCACAAGAACCCGGCAUAGUGCAUGUUUAUCAUCCUGUCCAAUGCAAUACUAAUCUAGAGCCCAAGCAAUACAAAAUGUGCCUGGGAUCCAAAGCGAGUACUUAUGCAUCUGCGAUGCAGUUAGCCGAACUGUGGCUAGAGAAACAUUUAGGUGUAGGAUACAGGAACAGAACUUCCUCCUGACAUUCCAGAUAUCUGUCAGUGUCACUGGAGAUUACCUCAGUACCUGAACGCAAAAGACCGAUUGCGUGUGUCUGUAUGUCCAAAGUGUAAGCAAGUGUGUGAAAUUAAGGGUACUCUAGCAACGUUUGGUGCAGCAUAUUUAUUUGUGCAGUCGACUCUUUCACAGCGUCUUCCAAAGGUCAUUUAGGAAAAUGUUCAGACCAUUUGUUUUGUGCUCUUUGUCGCAAACGUGAAAUCUGCUGAUUUACUCAGGAGCAUAUUUCUCACCACAUGACCUCCGUCUGUGAAUGUUCAGUAUUAUCAUUGCCAUUAAAGCCGUAUGAGAAGUGCUCUUGCUUCCAGGUUAAAGUGGACACAAAUACUGCUAUGAAUAAAUAAAUUAUUAAUAAAUUAAUAUAUUUCCACAGGGGACGAUAUUAAUCAAAGUACCAUAAAUGUGCUUUAAAGGGAACUGAAAGAAAUAAUUUUUUUUUUUUUAUGCUAGUAUUUUUUACUAUUAUUUCUGCAGUAUUUUUAAAGUUACUCUGCCUUUUAUUUUCUAGUUGCAAUAGGAUCAUGAAGAUAAGGUACUGGUUGCCUUCCAGCAUUUGUUGUAUUCAGUUUUUUUUUCCUUUCUUUUAUUAUUUUUUGUGAAGCUUUGCUGCUGCAAACAA